AGCGGCAACAGCGUCCUCAGGACUCAGGACGCGGAGUGAGCGGCGGCUCCCCAUCCUGUUACCCACAGCACGGGCACGGGCACGGGAGGACAGGCACAACUUAAACCUGACUCAUUUUUGUGGAUUUGAGGAACAACACUGUCCUCACCACGAAAACACACUUGUUCUUCGUCUUUGUCUUGUUUUAUUUGUUUUUAAUGAGAUACUUUAGAUAAUGGCUUCAUCCGUGAGCGGCACAGAGGAGGUCCGUGUGUCGGCGUUGACGCCCCUGAAGUUGGUGGGACUGGUGUGCGUCUUUCUCGCCCUGUUCCUGGAUAUCGGGGCCAUGUUGAGCCCGGCGUGGGUCACGGCGGAUGACCAGUUCUACCUGUCCAUGUGGGUGUCCUGCUGGAAGCCCGUCAGCUCCGUGGAGUGGUCCUGCAACAGCACGCUGGCCACCGACUGGCAGAUUGCCACACUGGCCUUACUGUUAGGGGGGGCAGCCCUCACCCUGCUCUCCUUCCUCGUGGCGCUGAUCUCCCUGUGCUUCAGCUCCAGGAGUCGCUGCUAUAAGCCUGUGGCUGUCAUGCUGUUCUCUGCCGUGGUGCUCCAGGUAUGCAGCUUGGUCCUGUUCCCCAUCAAGUUCAUAGAGACAGUCAGUCUGAGGGUGUACCAUGAGUUUAACUGGGGCUACGGCCUGGCCUGGGGAUCCACCAUCUUCUCUUUUGGCGGAGCCAUCCUCUAUUGCCUCAACCCCAAGAAUUAUGAAGACUACUACUAAAAUAUUUCAGACAAGAAGAAACUGAGACCUCUGUUCCACCCAGUGUCCUCUCAGUAAUGGGACCUUUCUGUCUGUUACACAGUGCACAACCACAGAAAAAUAGGAAAAACAAAUGCUUAUUGUUAGUUUAAUGACAGGAAAAUGAGCUCUUUCAUUUGAUACUUAUUGUAUCAAAGACUAUCCUCACUUAUUGGACCGAAUCCCCAUGCUCUUUGAAGUUUUGGCCGCAAACCAGGCUGUGUAUAAAAGAAAUCCAAAAGCAGCCAGUUAAAUUUGGGAGAGAACGCCACCACUCAGAUAAGUCUGUGUCCCCUUUAUGUGGAACUCCAGUAGGUCUUAGAUUUGGGCAGAAAACCUGGAAGGAACAGAUGGAUUGACCCCAUACCAGGACGAAUUGGUGGGCUAAUUAACUAAAUCAGAGCAGAGAAGGCAAAGAAUGAUGCAAACUCAGGCCAAUCAGGGAAGGAACGGAUCCAGGGAUGAAAACAUCCUAUUGAAGUGAGGAUGACAAAGUGAUGGAAGACAGGGCACACCUAAGGAAAUGCGACAUGCUACAUUUCCCCAGAGAUACAUUACAUCUGGAACUUGACCUAGCCUCCUUCCGCCAGAAAAAAUGGGAAACGUAUGUCAUAAAGCUUAAAAGGACUAGCUUUAUGUGUUCCUCUCCUAUUUGAGUCUAUUUACAGGGUCAGAUCUACUUAUAAUAAACAGAGGCUUCCUAUGACUGUAAAACAUUCCACAGCCACCUUCUAAAUGAUAUCAUACUGGUGAGAGGAAAGUGUCAGUGGUAAAACCUUUGGCUGCAUAACCCAAGUUAUACCUGCUUUUUGAUAAAUAAAAAGUUGUAUUAUAUGUAAGUAUGUGCAGUAAGCGUAAUAAAGUAAUAUUCAUUUCAA